AUCGCGGUUGAUAAAGAUGACGACGACGACGCAAGUGACUUUUCAGUCACAAAUAAUUUGCAAAAAUGCUGCUGAGGACGAGAUUUGCCCUUAAAUUGAUAAUUAUCGUCAUUUCCAUUGUUUGCACGUCACAUGCUGAAAAAAUCAGUCGUAAAGGCGGCAUUCCACUGUGGAAUCUCACAAGAACACACGAAUAUGAGGAUAACAUAGUGACAUCGCCACUUGAUGUCAUGCAGCCUGUUAUUUGGCUUUACAGAGGAAUUCGAGAGGUUUAUAAUCGAAUUCUCGGUCCAACAGGUACUCGCGACUCUGGUGAACGUUUCCAAAAGCGAGUUCCUGAUAAUGUUCCAUUUCCGUGCAAUACUCGCGGAUUUCGUAGCCAAAAAGUUCCGAAAAGCGUUCAUCAACUUCGUCCCGGGGACAUUGACAUCAUCGCGGCAAUGGGAGAUUCCCUCACAAGUGCUACAGGUGCCAAUUCUCGCAAUAUUUUGGAAGCAUUGAUCGAGAAUCGGGGAUUAUCGUGGUCGAUUGGAGGACAAGGAAAUUGGAGACAAACGUUGACCUUGCCAAAUAUUAUGAAGGAAUUUAAUCCGAAACUCUUUGGAUAUUCGUUAUCGGAUUCUUAUGUCAUUCAUAAGCCGGCGCAGUUUAACGUGGCUGAAAAUAUCGCGACUGCCAGUGACAUGCCAUUCAAUGCUCGAACUCUGCUGAAUCGCAUGAAGGAAGAUCCGCGUGUCAGAUGGAAGGAACAUUGGAAGUUGGUGACACUCAUGAUUGGCGGGAAUGACUUUUGUUCGGAUGUGUGUUACCAAACAAAUGCUACGCAAUGGAUUAAUCAGGAUCAGGAACGAUAUUUGAUUAAGACGUUGCGGUACAUGCGUGAUAAUUAUCCAAGAACUCUGGUCAAUCUCGUGCCAUCACCCCUCGUGAAUCUCUGCUUCUCCAUGGACAACGUUGAUGUUCCUCGUUCAUGUUAUCUCUCUCGUCCCGUGGAAUGUUCUUGUCUCUUUGGCCCAGUGUAUUCUGAGAAACGCAACCUUUACCGCCAGUUAGAAAGAACUUUUGUUGGCAUCAUGGAACGCAUCAGCUUUAGAAAAGAAUUCCAUACAGACGAUUUUACAGUCGUUUAUCAACCAUUCUUCAAAGACGCAAGUGUCACAUAUCCCAAUGGCGUCACAGAUAUCAAUAUAAUGGGCAUCGAUUGCAUCCAUUUGAGUCAAAAGGGACAUGCAACUUCCGCAAAUGGCAUUUGGAACAACAUGAUGGAGCCCGUGAGAUACAAAUCAACAGGUCUUCGUCCAGUAUUUUCAGAAUUUCGUUGUCCGAGCGAACGGAAUCCUUAUAUUUACACGAAUUAUAAUAGUUAG